AUGCCAGGGCAUCCAGUGGAAGCGCAGGCAGCCAGUGGAAGGUAUAAGGAGGGCAAUCAGUGGAAGGUAUGCCAGAGCACCAGUGGAAGGUAUGCCAGGGCACAGUGGAAGGUAUGCCAGGGCAGCCAGUGGAAGGUAUACCAGGGCAGCCAUGAAGGUAUACCAGGGCAAGGGCAUCCAGUGGGUGUGCCAGGGCAGCCAGUGGAAGGUAUGCCAGGGCAGCCAGAGGAAGGCAUAUACCAGGCAGCCAGGAAGGACCAGGGCAGCCAGUGGAAGGUAUGCCAGGGCAACAGAAGUAUGGCAGGCAGCCAGUGGAAGGUAUGCCAGGGCAACCUAGUGGAAGGUAUGCCAGGGCAGCCAGUGGAAGGUAUAUCAGGGCAACCAGUGAAAGGUAUGCCAGGAGCAGCCAGUGGAAGGUAUACCAGGCAAUGGCGAAAGGUAUACAGGGAGCCAGGAAGGUAUACCAGGGCAGCCAGUGAAGGUAUACCAGGCAGCCAGUGGAAGGUCAUGCCAGGGCAGCCAGUGGAAGGUAUGCCAGGGCAACCAGUGGAAAGUAUGCCAGGGCAGCCAGUGGAAGGUAUGCCAGGGCAACCAGUGAAGGUGGGCAUAGGGCAGCCAGUGGAAGGUAUAUCAGGGCAGCCAGUGGAAGGUAUGCCAGGGCAGCCAGUGGAAGGUAUACCAGGGCAGCCAGUGGAAGGUAUAUCCAGGGCAGCCAGUGGAAGGUAA